AUGGGCCCCUGUACCGCCUCCUCAUGCUGCUGCCAGGCCCGUAAUCUGUCAUGGGCCCCUGUACCGCCUCCUCAUGCUGCUGCCAGGUCCAGAGUGUGUCAUGGGUCCCUGUACGGCCUCCCAUUGCUGCUGUCUCCAUCGCCACACUCUGCCAUGUGCCACUUUCAGGUCUCCUCACACUGCUGGUGGGUUCCAUUUUGUCAUAGGGUGCUGGCAGAUUACGGGCCUCCCAUUGCUGCUGCCAGGCCCGUAAUCUGCCAUGGGCCCCCGUACCGACUCCUCAUGCUGCUGCCAGGCCCGUAAUCUGUCAUGGGCCCCUGUACCGCCUCCUCAUGCUGCUGCCAGGUCCAGAGUGUGUCAUGGGUCCCUGUACGCCUCCCAUUGCUGCUGUCUCCAUCGCCACACUCUGCCAUGUGCCACUUUCAGGUCUCCUCACACUGCUGGUGGGUUCCAUUUUGUCAUAGGGUGCUG